UACGUCAUGUGGUGCGACGGUAUCAGUCCGCCUGAAUACAUCAAUGGCUUCCGUGACGACAACAAGUUACAAGCCACAACCUAGGCAUUAGGGUGGAGGAGCGCCGUGUACAGCCUAGUCUGGCGCUACAGCGAGCUGUGCAAGCCUUUCCAACACCGGUCGCAGCCUGCUAGAGUCCCGAGAAGUGCCCAGAUGUCCUGACCAGGUGGCCAGCUGGGUCCCCGCUUUUGUGAGGCGAGCUCGAGUCGAGCCGGGCUCUGACAGUCUCCCCAUUCUUCAUACUGUCAACAGUUGCCCCCCUCCCCACCUCUCUGGGAUCGUCGGGGGAGAAGAUUAGAAAAUCCUCGUCCUCCCGCUGCCGGGUGAAUAUUUUUGCGUGCCUUACGGUGGUUUGUAGGAAAUUUCUUCACCAUUCUGUGCGCAAGUGGAAGCAUGGGGGAUCUCCAGUCCCCCAAACGCCGGGCGAUCGUGGACCGACUGCGGGCCAGAAUCGAACUCUACCGCAAGCAUCAUAACGAAUGCCAGGCACGCGAUGUCCAGACCCAAGCCGCUCGCCUCCAACAGGAGCGCCAAGACACCUUGGUACUUCACCAGAGAGUCUGUGACAGCCGCACCAAGAAGUCUAAAGGCAGCAAGCAAGAGCCAGUCACCGCCAAGAUGUGUAAAAACGACGCCAACGCCGGCGGCUCCUCCUCGGCUGACCCCGAGGCGUCUCAGCCGCAGAGAAGUUUACUGCUUACGUUGAAGAGAAAACUGGGAGGCUCUGGCAGCCAGGCUUCUGAUCCAGCGGCAGACGGGGUGGAAGAAAACCACACCACGAAGAAGACCAAAACCAGCGAAGCAACCAACCAGUCGCACAACCUGCAUGGCUUCCCGGUGGGAAACCCGGUGGAGAAUGUCGGCGCCAUCAAGCAGAGCCACACGCCCGACACGGUCAUGAAAUCCGAGGCUGGACUUGAGGAUACGCGGACGCAAGACCACGCGGCAGAGGCGGCCGGUGCUAACUCGCACUCUCCCGCCACCAACCUGCCCGUGGAGUGCAAACAGGAGCCUCAGCUGGAGGAUAACUCAUGUCAGAAUGACCAAGGUUUCCCUGAUGUCCUUAACACCCUGAAGGCUGCUCUCAGCUCCAGUGACAUCAACAUGAGUGACAAAGACUUCAUGAACAUUCUGGAUGAACUGGAAAACCCAGAGUGGCCGGAGGAAGACUUACGGUCACAGAUUAACGAAUUUGACAAGAUUCUGGACAGUAUAAGGGAAAAGGGGGAUGCUGGGUUGUUGGAUGGGGCUGUGAAUGGGGAACAACAGGGCAGUCCAUUCCAUCCUGACCAGAAACAACAGAUAGAUCACAUAUUGCCCACCAGUGAUGCCAGUUUCAGUAAGGCAGCACAGGACCCGAUUCAGAACCAGUGCAGUCCGAUGAACUUUGGCCAAAAUGACCCCAACAUGUCCACUCGCAUGGGUAGCAGUCAGGAUGGCGCAAGUGCAGGCAACCAGAGGGGGAUGGUUUCCAUGCCGCAGGAAAACGUGAGUCUGGCGGCAGAGCAGCUCAAACAGAUGGCUGCUCAGAAGCAGAGUGGUACGGAGCACUGGAACACGUCCAUGCCGCCCCACCAAGUGGCGCCUUGUAGAGUACAACAAGCCGUUCCCCAGUCCGCGCCCCACAUGCAGGCGAACCCCCACCCCUGCAUCCAGUCUCAGGCCCAGCCCUCCCGCACCACCACAUGUUCCGGCUACAUGGACGGCGCGGGGCCGAUGGGCUCUCCCCACGGGUUCCACCCCGACCAGCAGCCCGUCAUGCACCUGGAGCCAAACAUGCCGGGCGGUCCGCUGAACAGCCACCCCGUACACUCCAGUCACAGCGACGUCAACAGAGCAGCGAUCACGUCCCUCACCAUGGCCAACACCAAGCCGCUCUCGCACUACUCCGGACCGGAGAUGAAACCGCAGCUCCCGCCGAUAUCACAGAUGCACGCGUACGGGCAGCAGGAGCCCGCCAGACCGCCACCGCCAGCGAUGAAGCAGAACGUCGGGCAGUACCACCCGCAGCAGCCGGGGCCUGCGGGAAACGGCCAGUGGCAGGCGGCGCAGCAGCAGGGCAUGACGGUGGAGCACAUGCGGCUCCUCCAGGCCAGGCAGCAGCAGCAGCAACAGCAGCAGAAGCUGAACCUGCAGUACCGCGCCCUCCCCACACAUUCCCAGGCCGGUGUGGACAAGACCAGCAGCAUAGCUGCCAGAAAUGCUGUGCAGGCACAGCUUCUACAGCGACAGCAGCAACAACAGCAGCAGCAACAGCAGCACCCAGGCAUGCCAGAACACCUGAUGGAACAGCACAUGCAGAGCCAGAUGCAGCAUUACCUGAACCGGCCCCCACCGGACUACGGAGAGGCCACUGCACAGAUGAAGGCACAGCAGGGCAACCCGAACUUCCAGGCCAUGAAGGCAGGUGUUCCUGCUAUGGGCAUGUCUGGUAUGAAGAGUCAGGCCGGUGUGGUCAAUCCGCACGCUGUGGGCUUCAGGCAGGCAGAGGUGAAACAAGAAAUCGGAUGGAGCCAACCUCCAACAGCUUCCACCAACCAGGUGUUUAAACAGAACGUACAGCACAUCAGCACAGCCAAAGCACACAUGGACAUGGGCCAGGCACAGAUGAUGCCGGGAGGACCAAGAGACAGGACACAUUCCCAGUCAUCCAUGCAGGGAUUCGGAGGGGACAUGCCGUUAGAUGGCAGACAGGGGUACAACCCUGGCCACCCCCCCACCACCCAGCCCCUGCCACCCCACAUGGCAGGACCCCACUCCGCUACCGCGACCAUAUCCACCGCUCAGAGAGUGUACACCACCAGCGCGUGUCGGUCGACCUCAGACCAGGACAUGUGGGCGCAAUACCAGCGGGAAGGGUACGGCAACGCGGCGCCGAACCAACCGCCGACGUCAGCCGCGUUCACCAGACAGGGACAGUUCAUGGGCGGCUCGUUCCCGCCGAACUCGCAGGACGGACCAAUGGCGGCGCAGAACUAUUCCAAUCGGAUGAACAUGGCUGCCGCGCACAUGAACCAACAACAAAGGCAGCUGAUGGGGCAGAUGCCAAACAAGGGCCAAAUGACGAUACCCCCCGGGGUGCAGAUGAUGAACCAAUCAGGAACCAACAUGGCGAGGAUGGCGCAGCCAAUGGCGAUGGGGCAGAUGCCGCAGUUGGCGGCGUACCCGAAGCCUUCGGGCACGGAAUUCCACGGGAACAUGGUAGAGAAUUUACCGGACAGGCAGAUGCCGAUGGGACCAAACACGAACAUGAAUUAUAUGGAUCCACACGAUUUGAACUUCAUUGACGAAGUGAUUUUUGCAAACAAAUAGUUUGUAGGAGACGUAACCCACACCACGCCACAUGCUACAGACUCGAGUGUACAUAUUAACGGUUAGUAACGUCCGUGUUUUAUCUUGGUCGACUUGACCAAACUUCCAGGACUAUAUUAACUGACAUUGUAAGUGAUGAAAUCUGCUGAUUUUAUGUCAUUUUUACUGGAACCCCUGUACAGCUCUGAAGAAAUUGUAAGAAAUUAUCUAUAACUUCACUCUCUGCAUUUACUGUAGAUUAUAAUAGAUUUUCCUUCUCCGGAAGUUCUGUAUAAAUGUACCCAAUCCAUAAAUCGACGAGGACUGCAGAUUUUUCAAAUUUGUCUGGUUCGCUAUGCUUCUCCAGUUUUUUCUGUAUAACUAAAGGUAUGCUGCUUGCUAAAAGCAGGUGUGCUGACGUUACUUACCAUUGGUCUGGCUGGUCUUGUGAAAUUCAUCCAGGUUUAAAUUACCCUACUCUCGUUGAUGGACUCACUGAUUGUUGCUAAUGAAGGAGAAACUUAUCAUGGCCAUUCUGUCAUCUUGACCGAGAAAAGUGUCAUGUUUCAUAUGAACAAAAUUAGAUGACCAUUUGGACAGGAGGUGAGCUUGGGGUUGGCUUUAAUGUGUGGCAGAAAAAAGUAAAGGCUGAGAAAACCCCUGAAUUCCACUCCAGUAGUUUGCAAGGCGGGCCAGACCUAUGUGUGGUAAGCAAAACUGUUUCCCUAUUAGUACCUAACAUUUAGUAGCCUCAUUUCCCAGUUUACAUAAUGGAUUCCAAGUACCAAAACCAUGAUUGUUACAUCUGAAAACUGUCGAAAUAAUGGUAGCCAACUUGAUACUAUUUUCCCACCAACAGUAAACGGUAAGUUAGCUGUACGAGGUAAAAGAUUCUGUUAAGAUGAAAGGCAAGGAAAACUGGCUAUUUCCACAUCAAGUGCCUUUUAAAUUGGUUGGAACUACUGAAAGAGAUUAUUUGACUGAGAGAAAAGAGCUAGUACAGAAUUGAAAUAAUGGGUUAAAAUGAAAAAGGGAAGUACCUUGAUAGCUUUUCCCACAUUUUAAGAUUAUCAAUUAGGAAAAAAGGCCUGUUGUGUGAUAAUCCCCAUACAUGUAACAAGCUUUAUGUGUAUAUGAAGGAAGUGCUGAAUUUUCUGUUGGUUAGAGUAGUUAUAUGUGUAAUGUAGGCUGGGAAAUGAAGCUACACACAGUAACCAACAGUGGAACAAUUUGUACAGAAUGGGCCCAUUUUUGUUUGAUGUGCUGAGACCGAUGCAGUAAAACAACCAUGUAAUGACUAGAAGAGGCAUAGCCUUUUAUUUUGGAGCUAGUUUUGAGGAUGAUUUUACGAGCCUUGUAAAUUAUUUGUUUUGCCUUCACCAAGACUACAUGUAGAUUGUGGAAACGCAUGCCACCGGAAGAGGAGCUCACUGUAGAUAGAGCACUGGCAAGUGCUGCCAGAAUAAAGAAAGUCGUACUUGAAAACUU